AUGUCUCAAAACCCAUCAUCACCUAUUAUCACUUCAAUGGAGACGGCUGAAAUGGCGUUUUCGGAAAAGGUGUUUGCUUGCUUUCAGUUGUUUUAUGGAAUUCCUUCAUUUGUUGUUAUGCUCAUUUUGUUUGUACAGUUAAAAUCUUGCAAACGAUAUCACAACUCAUUUUAUCGACUAGUUCAGGUGGAUUUGCUUACGAACAUGUUAACCUAUGCAAACACGUGGAUCGCGCUUAGACUCGAAAAAUUCCAGUCGUGCAUUUUUAUGUUGAGAUGUGUGGAAUUUUAUGUCCCGUCUUUUUUGACCUUGUCGAAAUAUUUUUCGUUAUUUUUCAAUAACAUGCAAUUCCUGUUGGCAGCAGUUUUGAAUAUUCAUCGCAUUUCUUCAAUUUUAUUUCCAAUGAGUUGUGAAAAGUUCUGGUGUCGCUACUACAUUCUAGUGACCUUAGCCUUUUGCAUAUACAGUUAUCUUCCUCGCUUUUUGUGGGCUUCGAAGUUUACGGUUGAAGUCAAAAUCAUCAAUGGCACACUGACAAAGUUCCGGUAUCCCGAUGUAAUGGAUCAGGCUAUCAACGUAACUGCAGUCCUUAACGUUGUCUAUUUUAUAUUAAUUAUAAUAAUUGGUCUAGUCACAGUUAUUUUGGUAAACAAGAUGAAAGUGGUCUCCGAAUCCAAUCUUGUGGUAAAGCGAAAGCUGUCAAAAAUCUCAAUGACCUAUUGUUCAAUCUUCGCUGUUCAACUUACUUGGACAAUUGUGAACAGUUUGAAUUCGAAUUUCAGUUUAUUUCCUGAUAUAAUUCUGAAUGUAAAUACAUAUCUCCUCACAGUGGUCUCUGAUUUGGUAACUUUGGCACUUCCUUGGAUUUUGUUGAUUCACGAUGGAAAUGUGAGAAAAGGCAUAUUGGGUCAAAAGAUGCAACGUAGAACGAUGGUGGUUUCGUUGACCUAAUUUUUAUGGAAUUUUUUUUUGAUUUUAUCGCCAAAUGAAUAAUGACAAAACUG